UAGACAACUGGGUAGCUUGCCUCUCCAGAAGCAGCUGUUGGAUCGGAUUUGCCAGUUGUGCGUCUGUCGAGAAGCAGAGAUGAACAAGAUAGAAUGGCUUUGUGUUUUGGGAUUGGUCAUUGCGACUUUGCUUCCUGUUAGCCACCAAACAGCUGAUGAAGCUGGGCUGGAGGCGGAUGUCUCCAAAAAUGUCCAUGACUUGAAUUCCAGGAUUAAGCGACAUAGCGACGGCACAUAUACCAGCGAUGUUUCAAAAAGUAUGGAUCAAGAUUUAGCAAUGAAGUUUUUGCAGCAAGCUAUUGAAGGAAACUUGAGCAAAAAGUCGAAAUGAAAGCUGAUGUCCGGUGGAACAAGCCCUCUCUGACAUUGGAGGAUGCUUUC